CCGCCAUUCUGUUCAUAGCCAUCUCCUAAUAUACAACACGCGAGGUGGAAGCCGUGAAGCGUAAAUUGAUCACACAAAAUAUAUAUUUUUUUCAUUACGAAAUUAUAGAGAAAAAUGUAAAUUUCAUUGUAUCGAGAUUGAGCUUGCCAUUAAUUAUUUCGUUGCUAAUUAAUUUUAUCAGUCUGUUCUUGGAGUUAACAUAAUUUUUCGUGUGUGAUUUUGAACCGCGUGCUUGCGGUGAACAACCUAAAAACAAAUUAUGGCUAACGUAUCACUCGACAAAGAAACAUUUAUUCGACGCAUGAAGCGUCUCUAUGCCGCAUGGAAGGAUGGAAAUUCUCUCCACGAUGACAGUUUCAGUAAAAUGGAUUGUCUCGUCUCUGCCGUUGGCACUGAUGAGGAAAUUGUUUACAGUAAAUCCACGGCACUUCAAACAUGGCUCUUGAGUUACGAGCUCACGGAUACUAUAAUGAUCUUGGCUAAGGAAUCCAUCUACUUUUUGGCCAGUAAGAAAAAGAUUGAAUUUUUGAGAAAGGUCGAAGGUUUAAAAAGCGAAGAUUGUGAAAUUCCACCUGUUAAACUUCUCGUGAGGGAUAGAUCGGACGAAGAUAAAGCAAAUUUUGCAAAAUUAAUUGAAGUUAUCAAGGAGAGUAAAAAGGGUAAAAUGUUGGGCGUAUUUUCGAAGGAAAAUUAUCCAGGAGCUUUUAUGGACGCAUGGCGAGCUGCUUUGAAAAACGAGUCCUUUGAUACCGUCGACGUUAGUGCGGCAGCUGCUUAUAUUAUGUGCCCGAAGGAAGAUAUUGAAAUUCUCACAAUAAAAAAAGCUUGUCUCGUGUCUGUCGACGUCUUCAUGAAGUACCUGAAGGAGCAAAUUAUGGAAAUUAUCGACUCAGAUAAGAAAGUGAAACACUCGAAACUUGCAGAAGGUGUCGACGCCGCUAUUUCAAAUGACAAAUACGUGAGCAGCGUUGAUGUCUCGCAAAUUGAUAUGUGUUAUCCCGCAAUUAUUCAGAGUGGUGGGCAUUAUUCCCUGAAAUUCAGUGUCGUUAGUGAUAAAAAUGUACUUCAUUUUGGUGUAAUUGUGUGUUCCCUCGGCGCAAGAUACAAGUCAUACUGUUCAAAUAUUGUCAGAACAAUUUUAGUCAAUCCAACAAAAACAAUUGAGGAAAAUUACAAUUUUUUGCUACAAUUGGAAGAGGAGAUUUUAAAGAAACUAACAACGGGAACAAAAUUAAGCGAUGUUUAUGACACUGGUGUGAAAUUCGUAAAGGAUCAAAAACCAUCGAUGUUGGAUCAUUUAACGAAAAAUUUUGGUUUUGCAAUGGGCAUUGAAUUCAGAGAAAGUUCUCUUCUGUUGGGACCAAAAACUAACGCCAUCGCAAGAAAGGGAAUGGUUUUUAAUGUCAACGUUGGCCUUUCAAAUCUGAGUAAUCCGGACGCUAAGGAAAAGGAAGGAAAGAUCUAUGCGCUUUUUAUUGGCGAUACCGUUAUGGUCAAUGAUGAACAACCGGCGUCAAUCUUGACACCGUCGAAGAAAAAGGUGAAGAAUAUCGGAAUAACAUUUAAGGAAGACGAUGAUGAAGAUGGUGAGGAGAGUGAACCGGAAGUAACAAAACAAAAGGAGAUUUUGGGAAGAGGUAAAAGAACAGCCGUCAUUGAAUCAAAAUUAAGAACCGAGCAUAGUUCUGAAGAGAAACGUAAACAGCAUCAAAAGGAAUUGGCCCAGCAACUUAAUGAAGCGGCGAAAGCGCGAUUGGCUCAAAAAUCCGGUACUAAGGAGCAAGAGAAAAUACGUAAAUCAACAGUUUCUUACAAGUCGACCAAUCAUAUGCCUAGAGAACCGGAAGUAUCCGAUUUGAAACUUUACGUUGAUAAAAAGUACGAAACCGUAAUUUUGCCAAUUUAUUCGUAUCCCGUACCAUUCCACAUAUCAACGAUAAAAAAUAUAUCGCAAUCAGUCGAAGGAGAUUACACGUAUCUUAGAAUAAACUUUUUCCAUCCUGGAGCAACAAUGGGACGUAACGAAGGUGGAACUUAUCCACAACCAGACGCCACUUUUGUUAAAGAAGUAACGUAUCGGAGUACGAAUACCAAAGAACCCGGCGAGAUUUCAGCUCCUUCGUCAAAUUUGAGUACGGCGUUUAGAUUAAUCAAGGAAGUACAAAAGAAAUUUAAGAAUCGAGAAGCUGAGGAGAAGGAAAAAGAGGAUCUUGUUAAACAAGAUACACUGAUUCUAUCGCCGAAUAAAGGUAACCCAAAACUUAAGGAUUUGUAUAUUCGGCCAAAUAUUGUGACGAAAAGAAUGACGGGUGGACUUGAGGCACACACGAAUGGUUUCCGUUACACUUCCGUGAGAGGCGACAAAGUCGAUAUUCUCUACAAUAAUAUUAAAAACGCCUUCUUUCAACCCUGUGACGGUGAAAUGAUUAUUCUUCUUCAUUUUCACUUGAAGCAUGCCAUCAUGUUUGGUAAAAAGAAACACGUGGAUGUACAAUUUUACACGGAAGUGGGAGAAAUUACAACAGAUCUUGGAAAGCAUCAACACAUGCAUGAUCGUGACGAUCUUGCCGCGGAACAAUCAGAACGAGAAUUGAGGCACAAAUUAAAAACUGCAUUUAAGAGCUUUUGUGAAAAGGUUGAGAGUUUGACGAAGCAGGAAAUUGAAUUCGAUACUCCAUUCAGAGAACUUGGAUUUCCUGGUGCACCAUACAGAAGCACUGUUCUUUUACAACCAACAAGUGGUUGUCUUGUAAAUCUCACAGAAUGGCCUCCAUUUGUAAUUACACUCGAAGACGUUGAACUUGUUCACUUUGAGAGAGUUCAAUUCCACUUGAAAAAUUUCGAUAUGAUCUUUGUUUUCAAGGAUUAUCAUAAAAAAACAGCAAUGGUCAAUGCUAUUCCCAUGCAUAUGUUAGAUCACGUCAAAGAAUGGCUCAAUUCGUGCGACAUUCGAUAUUCAGAGGGUGUACAGUCAUUGAAUUGGGGAAAAAUUAUGAAAACAAUUACGGAGAAUCCAGAAGAAUUUUUCGAGACUGGCGGCUGGUCGUUUUUGGAUCCCGAUAGUGAUAAUGAAAAGGAAGAAGUAGAGGAUGAAGAAGAAGACGAGGAUGAAGCUUACGAACCAACUGACAUUGAAAGCGAGGAAGAAUCGGAGGAUGAAUCAGAAUACUCGGAGGCAUCUGAAGAUUCUGAAAGUGGUGAAGAUGAUGAUCUUGGAAGUUCUGAAGAAUCCGGUAAAGAUUGGUCAGACUUAGAGAGAGAAGCCGCCGAAGAAGACAAGGAACGUGGAGAAUAUGUUGAACAAUAUACUUCAACAAAUAAGAAAAAAUCACGGGAUCAUCAUUCAUCAUCAAAGGAUAGGCAUAACUCGAAGCACAAAAGUUCAUCAAAUUCGAAAAGUAAAAGUUCAUCAAACAGCAGAGACAAGGAUAGAAGAUCGUCGGACAAACACAGAACGGAUCGAUCUCGGAGUGGAGGAUCACACAAAUCUCCAUCCAAAUCGUCCAAACACAGUCCAAAGAAGAAUGAUCGACACGAUAGGAGCAGUAAACAUGAUAAGCAUGACAAGAACAGUAAGCACGAUAAACGUAAAUCUUCUCAUUCAUCGUCGAAUAGCAAGAAACGUUCACGUGACGAUAGUGGCGAUAGGAAAAGUUCCAAAAAAUCGAGGAAAUAAAGUGCGGGCCGAAUGUGAGAACAGUGAUAGAUAAACAAACAAA